AUGAGCGGCAGUUUUCUCAGCUUCAAAAGGAUUGAAGGACAAAGGACAAAUCCCAACACACUCCAAGGUCAGGAAUCAAAUAUAGACAGAAAUACGGAAAAGAGAAUCAGCAGACAGCUGAACAUAGGCACCAACAUAGGCAGAGGGGCUGGAUUUAGUAGCAGUGCCUCUGGAAAUUUAGCAUUUGGUUUGGGGACAUCUGGUCAAAAGGGCUUGGGAAUCAGUAGAGCUGAUUGGAGUGAAAUUAGCAGUAGAGGAUCUGCUGGGGGUGAAUCCAUAGGUUUUAGAUCUUGAUUUUUUUCAUCAGUUGGAACAGUGUGUUUUGGCUGGGAACUUGGAGCUAGAAGGGGCGAUGCUGCAUUUGGUUUUAGAGCUUCUGGUUUGAGUUCAUAUGGUGACAGAGGCUUUAGCAGCAGAACACUUGAAGGAAAUUGAGUGAUUAGAUCUGAAGGAUCCAUUUCCAAUGAUCUAGGUGACACCAGUCUGAGAAUUGGGAAUACCUUUGUUGGUGAUAGCUCUGGAAAUUUGGAAUCCAAUUUAGGGGCUUUUGGUCAACAGGGAUUUGGAAUCAAUGAACUUGGAGGGGAUAGAAUGAGUGGCAGUGCAUCUGUUGGGGCUGGAUUUAAAGGCCUUGGAUCUGAUGUCAGUAGCUCAGAUGAUACCAAUUUGAGAAAUGGUAAUACCUUUGUUGGUGAUAGCUCUGGAAACUUAGAAUCCAAUUUAGGGGCUUUUGGUCAACAGGGAUUUGGAAUCAAUGAACUUGGAGGGGAUAGAAUGAGUGGCAGUACAUCUGUUGGGGAUAGACACAAAGACUUUUGCUCUGAUGCCAGUGUCACAAGCUCAUCUGACUACAGUACUUCUGGACCACUCAGCACUCCAGGAAAAGGAACCCAUAUUCCAGAAGCAACCCCCAAAUACUCAGAAACAAACACAACUAUUGGUGAAGCUUCUACUUGGGGCAAAGGAGCAUAUAAAGCUUUCAAUGGCCGUGUCUUUUCCUUUGAGUCUUCAUGCACGUAUAGUUUCUGCCGUCACUGUGUUGAAUCUGGAGGAGAUUUCAAUAUUGAGAUCAAACGAAACAAUAAUAGUGAGAUUGAAAAAAUAACAGUUAUAGUAGACAGUAAUGUCAUCUCUAUUGUUGGCCAUAUCAUUUUAGUUAAUGGAGAAAGUGUACAGAUACCAUAUGACAAUAAGAUGAUUCACAUUAAAAAAUAUGGAGAACAUAAUGUUCUGAAUAGCCGUAGAGGAAUCCUGUCUUUAAUGUGGGAUGAAAAUAAUAAACUCUCACUCACUCUUCACAAGCAGUAUCCAACUUGUGGUCUUUGUGGUAACUUCAACAGCAUUCCAGGAGAUGAUAUUAAUGAGCACAUUGACAAUAGUAAAAUUCCUGGUAAUUGUCCCAAAGCUGUUACCAAAAGCUAUCAAGUUUGUGAAGAUGGAGUGCAUCACUGUAACAAAAUUAUUGGAACCUACUUUGAGAAAUGUGGAAAGGUUGGCACUUUAUCCAAUGACUACAAAAUGAUCUGCAUUGAUGAGUACUGCCAAAGUAGAGACAAACAAUCCACCUGUGACACUUAUGCAGAAUUGUCCCGCCUCUGUUCAUCAGAUGGUCCCGGCACCUAUGUAUCCUGGAGAGACGAUCCCGAUGUGGUUUGUGAAAAACCUAGAUGCCCAGAAAAACAUAUCUACAAAGAAUGUGGUCCCUCAAAUCCUGCAACUUGUUCUAACGUGGCUCCUUUUCAAGGCAUCGAAUGUGUGAGUAGCUGCACCUGCCCAGAAGGUUAUCUAUUGGAUGAUAUUGGAGAGAAAGGGAGAUGCGUGUUGAAGGCUGACUGUCCCUGUGAAUCUAAUGGAAAGGUGUAUCAGUCAGGAGAAAUCCGUGAAGGUUCUUGUGGUUCUCAGUGCACAUGCCAAGAAGCAAAGUGGUCUUGCACUAAAAUGUUAUGUCCUGGAAGAUGUAAGGUGGAAGGAAGUUUGAUUACCACCUUUGAUGGUGUUAAAUACAAUCAUCCUGGAAACUGUCACUUUUUGGCUAUCCAUGAUAAAGAUUGGUCUAUUAGUGUUGAGCUUCGUCCAUGUCCAAGUGGUCAGUCAGGAACGUGCUUAAAUAGUGUUACACUCCUCUUGAAUUCGUCUGUUCCAGUUGACAAAUACAUAUUCAAUAGAGAUGGAACAGUCACAAAUGACAAGAUUAGAAAUCAAGGUUAUUAUUAUUCAGAAAAAAUACAGAUCUCCAAUGCAUCUUCCUCAUACCUUCAAGCAGAAACAUACUUUCAUGGAAAACUGCAAAUACAAAUUGUUCCUGUGAUGCAAUUAUAUGUUUCCAUGCCACCCAACCAAUUCACAGACACUGUAGGACUCUGUGGUUCCUACAACAACAGAGCAGAGGAUGAUUUCAUGUCAAGUCAGAAUAUAUUAGAGAAGACAUCUCAGGCAUUUGCUGAUUCUUGGGAAAUGAUGCCUUGUCCUAAAGGAAACACUGCUUCAUGCGUCAGUAUAGAAAAAGAAAGGUUUGCUGAAAGGCACUGUGGAAUUCUUCUUGAUUUGAGUGGGCCUUUUGCUUCCUGCCAUUCAGUUGUGAACCCUAAACCAUAUCAAGAGGAAUGCAAAAAAUACACUUGUACUUGUGAAAAUAGUCAAGACUGCCUGUGUACGAUUUUAGGCAACUAUGUGAAAGCAUGUGCUGAGAAGGAAACUUACAUGAUAGGAUGGAGAGCUGGGCUUUGUGAUCAAUCUUGUCCAAGUGGCCUAGUUUUCAGGUACAAUGUAAAAACCUGCAAUAGUUCCUGCCGAUCAUUGUCAGAGAGAGAUAAGAGCUGCGAUAUGGAAGAUGUUCUAGUUGAUGGAUGCACUUGCCCUGAUGGAAUGUACCAGACUAAUGAAGGAAAUUGUGUUCCAAAAUCUCAGUGUGAGUGCUACAUAAAUGACGAGGUCCUGCAACCAGGCAAACUCAUCCAUAUUGAUGACAAUAAAUGCGUAUGUCGAGAUGGAAUUCUUCUUUGCCAGACUCCCAUUGAUUUAACGCUACAGAAUUGUUCUAAAGGGGCUGAAUAUGUUGACUGUAGGAAUCCUAAGGCACAGAGAAGAGUUGACAGUACCUGUAGCACUCGGAACAUACCUAGUUUUGAAGAGAACUUGCCUUGCAAGCGUGGAUGCUACUGUCCUGUAGGAAUGGUUCGAAAUUCUAAAGGGAACUGUGUCUUCCCUGAUGACUGCCCAUGUUCUUUUGGUGGACGAGAGUAUGACCAAGGAAGUGUCACCUCGGUUGGCUGCAACAAAUGUACUUGCAUAAAAGGAUCUUGGAACUGUACACAAAAUGAGUGUCAAACCACCUGCCAUAUCUAUGGGGAAGGUCAUGUUAGAUCUUUUGAUGGAAAAAGUUACAGCUUUGAUGGUCUCUGCCAGUAUUCAUUUAUCGAGGAUUAUUGUGGUCAUGAAAAUGGCACAUUCCGUAUUUUAACUGAAAGCAUCCCGUGUUGUGAAGAUGGGCUUACAUGCUCAAGAAAAAUUAUAGUUGCUUUUCAGGAGCAGAAUAUUGUCUUGCAAGAUGGUAAAGUCACAGCAGUCAAAACUACAGAAAGUAAGGAAUGUGAACUCAGUGGAAAUUCAUACUCUGUUCAUACCGUUGGCCUGUACUUGAUUUUGAAAAUUUUAAGUGGAAUAACCAUAAUUUGGGACAAAAAUACAAGAAUUUCUGUGUUAUUGGAUCCACGCUGGAAUGGCAAAGUGUGUGGUCUUUGUGGAAAUAACAAUGGCGAUCUUAAGGAUGAUUUCACAACGAGAUACUCAUCAGUAGCUGCUGGAGCACUGGAAUUUGGAAAUAGCUGGAAAACAAGUCAAGAAUGUUCAGACACAGUAGCUCAAACCUUCCCAUGUGACUCAAACCCAUACUGUAAAGCUUGGGCUGCGCGGAAAUGUGAGAUCAUCCGGGACAGCACCUUCAGAGACUGCCACAAUAAGGUGGACCCCAGUACGUACUAUGAUGCAUGUGUUGAAGAAGCUUGUGCAUGUGACAUGGAGGGGAAGUACCUGGGAUUCUGCACAGCUGUGGCGAUGUACGCAGAAGCAUGCAGUGCGGUUGGAGUCUGUGUUACAUGGAGAAAACCAGAUCUCUGUCCUAUCUACUGUGAUUAUUAUAAUGCACCUGGGGAAUGCAGCUGGCAUUAUGAACCUUGUGGUACAGUGACUGCAAAAACAUGCAAAGAUAGAGUAAUUGGCCAGAAGUUUUCUGUACUUUUAGAAGGCUGUUAUGCUAAGUGCCCAGACAGUGCUCCCUUCCUGGAUGAGAACACCAUGAAAUGCGUCAGUUUGUCUGAGUGCAGCUGCUUCUAUAAUGACAUCAUACCUGCUGGUGGAGUGAUCCAAGAUAACUGUGGGAGAACAUGCUAUUGCAUCGCAGGAGAGUUGGAGUGCAGUGAAACUGCUCCUACAAAUUCAACAGUUACAGUUUCUACUACAACAGCUACCUCCAUACUAAGCGCUGAAGCAGCAAUUACACUGGUGACCAGUAGCUCAGGCACAGCAGCUUCCAUUCCAGGGAUUACUACAUCAAGCAGUGAAAUAAUAGGUAUUACUAGAACUCCAGUGCCUAUCACCUCCACAGCUGGAAGUGUGGGCACCACAGGAGCAGUGGGCCCCACCUUCACCAGUCCUGGGCUCAUAUCAGGGUCAACUGGAGGAUCAGUAAGUGCAACCACAGGCGCUGAAGUUGGAAGCACAAGUGACGUAGGCUUCAGAGCAGAGACUACCAGAUCAUCAGCUGGUGAAACAACUAGAGCACCAAGCAGUGAAGUGACACAAUCUGAAGGUGUAACAGGAGAAUUUGUUGGAACUACCACUAGAACUGGCAGUGGCAUCACAGCUAGACCACCUUUCCCUGGUUCCAGACCAACUGGAACAACUGGAAGGGAAAAUGCUGCCACCACUGGAGCUGCUGGUGAAAACGCUUCUGGAGCAGCAGCCAUGCCUAGGGUAUUGCCUGGAGCAAUCCCUGGAGCUGGAGGUGGCAACACCCCUGGGGAACCAGGCACUGGAGCCACAAGUCCUGGGAAGUCAGCUCUUUUAACAUCAGCUGGAGGAUCAAGGACAAUUGGACAAUCAACUGAAGGAUCAGGGACAAUUGAACCAUCAUCUGGAGGAUCAAGGACAACUGGACCAUCUGUUGUAGGAUCAGGGACAACUGGAUCAUUAUCUGGAGUGACAGAGACAACUGGACCAUCAACAGAAGAAUCAGGAACCACUAAACAAUCAAAUGAAGUCUCAGGAAAAACUGUACCAUUAACUGAAGGAUCAAGGACAACUGUGCAAUCAAUUGGAGUUACAGGGACUACUGGAUCAUCAACUGAAGAAUCAGGGACAACAGUACCAUCAACUGGAGUGGCAGGGACUACUGAAACAUCAACUGGAGGAUCAGGAACAACUGGAUCCUCAAUUGGAGUAUCAGGGGCUACUGGACCAUCAACUGGUGAUUCUGGGGCAACUGCAUCAUCAGCUUUAGGUUCAAAGACAAGUGAACGAUCAGUUAGAGGAUCAAGAACCACUGAGACAUCAGAUGCAGUGACAGGAACAUAUGAACCAUCAAUGAGAACAUCAGGGACAACUGGAAAAUCUAGGUCAACUGGACCAUCUAUUGUAGGGUCAGAGACAACUGCUCCAUUAUUUGGAGCAAUAGGGACUACUAUUAUUGGAAAAAGAACCAGUUUAUGGUCAUCUGGAGGAUCAGGGAUCCCUGGAUCAACACCUGGAAAUUCAAUAGCAACUGGACCAAAUAUUGUAGGUUCAGAGACAAGUGCACCAUUAUCUGGGGCAACAGGGACCACUGUUAUAAGAUCAGGAACCAGAUUACCCUCAUCUGGAGCAUCUUGGACACCAGAACCAUCAACUGGAGGAUCAGCAACAACAGGACAAUCUGGUGUAGGUUCAGAGACAAAUGUACCAUUAUCUAGAGCAACAGGAACCACUGUUAUAGGAUCACGAACAAGUUUACCCUCUUUUGGAGCAUCAGGGACCCCUGGAUCAUCACCUGGAGGAUCAGCAGCAACUGGACCAAAGGUUGUAGGUUCAUGGACAACUACACCAUUACCUGGAGCAAAAGGGACAACUGUUAUAGGAUCAGGGACAAAUGGAUCAUCCCUUGAAGGAUCAAUGACAAGUGGAUCAACAGCUGGACUGACAGGAACAACUAACAUCUCUGUUGUAGGGUUGGGGACAACUGAACCAUCAUCUGGAACAUCAGGAGCAACUGGAACAGCAAGUGACAGUUCAGGAGCAACUCGAUCAUUAGCUGAGGUGACAGGAACAACUGGAAUCUCUGUUGUAGGUUCAGGGACAACUGGAUCAUCACCUGGAGGAUCAGGAGCAAGUGGACCACCUGUUGUAGUUUCAGAGACAACUGCACCAUUAUCUGGAGCAACACGGACCACUGUUACAGGGACAGGAGUCAGUUUACCAUCAGUUGAAAGAACAGCCAUGACUAGUUCAGUACCUCGAGGAUCAGGGACAACUGGACAAUCUGUUGUAGGUUCAGAGACAACUGCAUCUUUAUCUGGAACAACAGAGACCACUGUUAUAGGAACAGGAAGUAGUUUACCCUCAUCUGGAACAUCAGGGACCCCUGGACCAUCACCUAGCAAAUCAGCAGCAACUGGAUCACCUGGUAUAGGUUCAGAGACAAAUACACCAUUAUCUGGAGCAACAGGAAACAUAGUUACAGAAUCAGGAACGAGUUUACCCUCAUCUGGAGCAUCAGUGACACCUGGAUCAUCACCUGGAGGAUCAGCAGCAACUGGACCACCUGGUAUUGGUUCAGAGGCAACUCCACCAUUAUCUGGAGCAACAGGAACUGCAGCUAUAGCAUCAGGAACAAGUUUACCAUCGGUUGAGGAAUCAGGGACCACUAGAUCAGUACCUGGAAGAUCAGGGACAAGUGGACCAACUGGUCUAAAUUCAGAGAUAUCUGUGCCAUUAUCUGCAACAACAGGGACUAAUGUUAUAGGAUCAGGAACAGGUUUACCCUCAUCCGGAGCAUCAGGGACCCCAGGAUCAUCACCUGCAGGAUCAGCAGCAACUGGGCCAUAUGGUGUUGGUUCAGAGACAAUGGCACCAUUAUCUGGAGCAACAGGGACUGCUGCUAUAAGAUCAGGAACCGGUUUAACAUUGGUUUUAAAAUCAGGGACCACUAGAUCAAUACCAGGAAAAUCAGGGACAACUGGACCACCUGCUGUAAGUUCAGAGACAACUGCACCAGUAUCUGGAACAAGAGGAACUGCAACUAUAGGAUCAGGUACAAGUUUACCAUCGGUUGAGGGAUCAGGGAGCACUAGAUCACUACCUGGAGGAUCAGGGACAAGUGGACCACCUAGUGUAAGUUCAGAUAUAAUUGCGCCAUUAUCUGGAGCAACAGGGACUAGUGUUACAGGAUCAGGAACCAGUUUACCAAUAUCUAGAGCAUCAGGGACUCUUCGAUCAUCAACUGGAGGAUCAGCAGCAACUUCAUCACCUGGUGUUGGUUUGGAGACAACAGCAACACUAUCUGGAGCAACAGGGACUGCUGCUAUGGGGGCAGGAAUCAGUUUACUCUCAGCUGAAGAAACAGGGACCACUAGAUCAAUUUCUCAAGAAUCAGGGACAACUGCACUACCUGGUGUAGGUUCACAGACAACUGCAGCAUUAUCUGGAGCAACAAUAACUGCAGCUAUAGGAUCAGCAACCAGUUUACCAUCAGUUGAGGGAUCAAGGACCACUAGAUCACUACCUGGAAGAUCAGGGACAACUGAACCAUCUGGUGUAAGUUCAGAGAUAACUGCACAGUUAUCUGGAGCAACAGUGACUAAUGUUAUAGGAUCAGGAACCAGUUUACCCUUGUCCGGAUCAUCAGGAACCCCUGGAUCAUCAACUGGAGUAUCAGCAGCACAUGCACCACCUAGUGUUGGUUUGCAGACAACUGCACCAUUAUCUGGAGCAACAAGGACCAGUGCUUUAGGAUCAGGAACCAGUUUACCAUCAGUUGAAGGACCAGGGACCACUAGAUUAAUACCUGGAAGAUCAGGGACAACUGGACCACCUGCUGUAGGUACAGAGAAAACUGCACCAUUACCUGGAGCAAGAGGAACUGCAGGUUUAGGAUCAGGAACAAGUUUACCAUUGAUUGAGGGAUCAAGGACCACUAGAUCACCACCUGGAGGAUUAAGGACAAGUGGACGACCUGGUGUAAGUUCAGAUAUAACUGCGCCAUUAUCUGGAGCAAGAAGAACUGCUGCUAUAAGUCCAGGAACACGUUUACCCUCAUCUGGAGCAUCAGGAACCCCUGGAUCAUCCCCUGGAGGAUCAGCAGCAACUGGACUACCUGGUAUUGGUUCAGAGACAACUGCAGCAUUAUCUGUAGCAACAGGAACUGCAGCUAUAGGAUCAGGUACCAGUUUACCAUCAGUGAAGGGAUCAGGGACCACCAGAUCACUAUCUGGAGGAUCAGGGACAAGUGGACAACCUGGUGUAAGUUCAGGUAUAACUGUGCCAUUAUCUGGAGAAUCAGGGAGUAAUAUUAUAGGAUCAGGAACAAGUUUACCCUCAUCUGGAGCAUCAGGAAACCCUGGAUCAUCACCUGGAGGAUCGGCAGCAACUGGAACACCUAGUGUUGGUUCAGAGACAACGGCACCAUUAUCUGGAGCAACAGGGACUGCUGCUAUAGAAUCAGCAAACGGUUUACCAUCAGUUGAAAGAUUAGGGACCACUAGAUCAAUACCCGGAGGAUCAGGGACAACUUUAUCAGGUGCUGUAAAUUCAGAGACAACUGCAUCUUUAUUUGGAGCAACAGGGACUCAUGUUAUAGGAUCAGGAACAAUAGGGACCCCUGGGUCAUCACCUGGAGGAUCAGCAGCAACUGGACCACCUGGUAUUGUUUCAGAGAUAACUCCACCGUUAUCUGUAGCAACAGGAACUGCAGCUAUAGGAUCCGGAACUAGUUUACCAUCAGUUGAGGGAUCAGGGACCACUAGAUCACUACCUGGAGGAUCAGAGACAAGUGGACCACCUGGGGUAAGUUCAGAUAUAACUGCGCCAUUAUCUGGAACAAUAGGGACUAAUGUUAUAGGAUCAGAGACCAGUUUAACCUCAUCCGGAACAUCAGGGACACCUGGAUCGUCAACUGGAGGAUCAGCAGCAAGUGAACCACCUGGUAUUGGUUUGCAGACGACAGCACCAUUUUCUGGAGCAACAGAGACCACUCCUAUAGCAUCAGGAACCAGUUUAUCCUCAUCUGGAACAUCAGAGACACCUGGAUCAUCUACAGGAGGAUCAGCAACUGGACCACCUGGUCUUAUUUCAGACAUAACUGCCUUAUUAUCUGGAGCAGCAGGGACUGCUGCUAUAGGAUUAGGAACCAGUUUACCUUCAUCUGGAGUAUCAGAAACCCCUGGAUCAUCACCUGGAGGAUCAUCAGCUGCUGGACCACCUGGUCUUGGUUCAGAGACAACUGCACCAUUAUCUGGAGCAACAGAAACCACUGCUUUAGGAUCAGGAACCAGUUUACCAUCAGUUGAAGGACCAGGGACCACUAGAUUAACACCUGGAGGCAUAGGGACAACUGAACUACCUGUUGUAGUUACAGAGACAACUGCACCAUUAUCUGGAGAAAGAAGAGCUUCAGGUUUAGGAUCAGGAACAGGUUUACCUUCAGUUGAGGGAUCAGGGAGCACUAGAUCACUACCUGGAGGAUCAGGGGCAAGUGGACGACCUCGUGUAAGUUCAGAGAUAACUGCGCCAUUAUCUGGAGCAACAGGGACUAAUGUUAUAGGAUCAGGAAGCAGUUUACCAUCAUUUGGGGCAUCAGGAACCCCUGGAUUAUCACCUGGAGGAUCAGCAGCAAGUGCACCACCUGGUGUUGUUUUGCAAACAGCUGCACCAUUAUCUGCAGCAACAGGGUCUGCUACUAUAGGACCAAGAAGCAGUUUACCUUCAUUUGGGGCAUCAGGAACCCCUGGAUUAUCGCCUGGAGGAUCAGCAGCAAGUGCACCACCUGGUGUUGUUUUGCAAACAACUGCACCAUUAUCUGCUGCAACAGGGUCUGCUGCUAUAGGAUCAGGAAUCGGUUUACCGUUAGUUGAAGGAUCUGGGACCACUAGAUCAAUAACUGGUGGAUCAGACACAACUGUACCAGCUGCUGUACGUUCAGAGCCAACUGCACCAUUAUCUGGAAAAACAGGGACUAAUUUUAUACGAUUGGGAACAAGUUUACCCACAUCAGGAGCCUCAGGAAACCCUGGUUCAUCACCUGGAGGAUCGGCAGCAACUGGAACACAUGGUGUUGGUUCAGAGACAAGUGCACAAUUAGCUGGAGCAAUAGAGACCGCUGCUCUAGGAUCAGCAAACAGUUUACCAACAGUUGAAAGAUUAAGGACCACUAGAUCAAUACCUGGAGGAUCAGGGACAACUGGACCACUUGCUGUAAGUUCAGAGACAACUGCAUCUUUAUUUGGAACAACAGGGCCUCAUGUUAUAAGAUCAGGAGCAAUAAGGACCCCUGCAUCAUCACCUGGAGGAUCAGCAGCAACUGGAUCACCUGGUAUUGUUUCAGACACAACUGCCCUAUUAUCUGGAGAAACAGGGACCAUUGCUAUCGGAUCAGGAACCGGUUUACCCUCAUCUGGAGCAUCAGGGACCCCUGGAUUGUCACCUGGAGGAUCAUCAGCAAGUGGAUCACCUGUUAUUGUUUCAGAGACAACUGCACCAUUAUCUGGAGCAACAGGAAUUGCCACUAUAAGACCAGGAACCGGUUUACACUCAUCUGGAACAUCAGGGACCCCUUUAUCAUCUCCUGGAGGAUCAGCAACAAGUGGACCACUUGGUAUUGGUUCAGAGACAACUGCACCAUUAUCUGGAGCAACAGGAGCUGCAACUAUAGGAUCAGGAACCAGUUUACCAUCAGUUGAGGGAUCAGGGACCACUAGAUCACUACUUGGAGGAUCACGGACAAGUGGACAACCUGGUGUAAGUUCAGACAUAACUGCGGCAUUGUCUGGAACAACAGGGUCUAAUAUUAUAGGAUCAGGAAGCACUUUACCCUCAUCUGGAGCAUCAGUGAACCCUGGAUCAUCACCCGGAGGAUCAGCAGCAACUGGACCACCUGGUGUUGUUUCAGAGACAAUGGCACCAUUUUCUGGAGCAUCAGAGACUGCUGCUUUAGGAUCAGGAACCAGUUUACUCUCAUCUGGAGCAUCAGGGAACCCUGGAUCAUCACCCAGAGGAUCAGCAGCAACUGGACCACGUGGUGUUGUUUCAGACACAACUGCCCUAUUAUUUGGAGCAAAAGGGACCGCUGCCUUAGUAUCAGGAACAAGUUUACUCUCAUCUGGAGCGUCAGGGACUGCUGGACCAUCACCUGGAGGAUCAGCAGCAACUGGAUCACCUGUUAUUGUUUUGGAGACAAAUGCGGUAUUAUCUGGAGCAACAGGAACUGCAGUUAUAGGUUCAGGAACAAGUUUACCAUCAGUUGAGGGAUCAGGGGCCACUAGAUCACUACCUGGAGGAUCAGAGACAAGUGGACCAACUGGUUUAAGUUCAGAGAUAACUGAGCAAUUAUCUGGAACAACAGGGACUAAUGUUAUAAGAUCAGGAACUAGUUUACCCUCAUCUGGAGCAUCAGGAAACCCUGCAAUAUCACCUGGAAGGUCAGCAGCGACUGGACCACCUGUUGUAGGUUCAGAGACAUUUAGACCAGUAUCUGGAGCAAUAGGCACCACUCUUACAGGAUCUGGAGACAGUUUAACAUCAUUUGAAAGAACAGCCUCUACUAGAUCAAUUCCUGGAGGAUCAAGGAGAACUGGACUAUCAGUUGUAGGUUCAGAGACAACUGUGUCUCUAUUUGGAGCAACAGGGACCACUGUUAUUGCAUCAAGAACCAGCUUGCCAUCAGCUGAAAGAUCUGUCACCAGUAGUUCAAUGCAUGUAGGGUCAGGGACAAGCGGACCAUAUGUUGUAGGUUCAGACACAAGUGCACCAUUAUCUAGAGCGACAGGGACCACUGUUAUAGGAUCAGGAACAGGUUUACCAUCAAUUGAAGGAUCAGGGACCACUAGAUCGGUACCUGGAGGAUCAAGGACAACUGGACCACCUGGUGUAAGCUCAAAGACAAUUUCAUCUUUAUCUGGAGCAACAGGUACUAAUGUUAUAGAAUCAGGAACCAGUUUACCCUCGUCUGGAGCAUCAGGGACCCCUGGAUCAUCGCCUGGAGAAUCAGCAGCACCUGCACCACCUGAUGUAGGUUCAGAGACAACUGCACCAUUAUCUGUAGGAACAAGGACUACUAUUUAUGGAUUAGGAACCAGUUUACCAUCAUCGGUAACAUCGGCAAACCCUGGAUCAUUACCUGGUGGAUCACCGACCCCUGGAUCACCUGGUUCAAGUUCAGAGACAACUGCACCAUCAUCUGGAGCAAAGGCAACCACUGUUAUAGGAUUAGUAACCAGUUUACCAUUAGUUGAAGGAUCAGCGACCACUAGAUCAAUACUUGGAGGAUCAGAGACAAGUGGACCAUCUGUUGUAGGCUCAGAGACAACUGCACCAUUAUCUGGAGCUACAGGGACCACUGUUAUUGUGACAAGAACCAGUUUGUCAUCAGUUGAAGCAUCAGCCACCACUAGUUCAACAUCUGGGGGGUCAGGGACAAGUCGACCAUAUGUUGUAGGUUCAGAGACAAGUACACCAUUAUCUGCAACAACAGUUACCACAGUUAUAGGAUCAGGAAACAUUAUACCCUCAUCUGGAGCAUCAGGGACUCCUGGAUCAUUGCCUGUAGGAUCAGCACCAACUGAACCACCUGGUGUAAGUUCAGAGACAACUGCACCAUUAUCUGGAGCAACAAGGACCACAGUUAUAGGAAGAGGAACUAGUUUACCAUCAGUUGAAGGAUCAGUCACCACUAGAUCAAUACCUGGAGGAUCAGGAACAGCUGGAUCAUCUUUUGUAGGUUCAGAGACAACUACACCAUUAUCUGGAGAAAUAGGGACGACUGUUAUGGGAUCAGGGACAAGUUUACAAUCAGUUGUAGGAUCAGGGAUAACUGGAUCCACAGUUGUACUGCUAGGAACAACUAGAAUCUCUAUUGUAAGUUCAGGGACAACUGGAUCAUUAUCUGGACCAUCAGAGACAACUGGAACAUCAAUUGAAAGAUUAGGAACAACUCGUUCAUUAUCUGGAGUGACAGGAACCAAUAGAAUCUCUGUUGUAAAUUCAGGUAUAACUACACUAUCAUCUAGAGCAACACUGACCCCUGAAUCAUCACCUGAUGGAUCUGUAUCAACUGAAUCACCUGAUGUAGGUUUAGGGACAACUGGAUCAUUAGCUGAAGCAUCAUGGACAACGGAAACAUCAGCUGAAGAAUCAGGCAAAACUGGAACUUUUGUUUCAGGUACCAGGACAACUGGAUUAUCAGCUGGAAGUUCAGGGACAACUCGAUCAUCUAUUAUAGGAUCAGGAACAACAGGACAAGCAGUUGAAGUAUCAGGGACAGCUGGACCAUCAUCUGGAGGAUCAAGGACAACUAGAACAUCAAUUAAAGGAUUUGGAACAACUGGUUCAUUAGCUGGAGUUACAGGAACAACUAUAAUCUAUGCUGAAAUUUCAGGGACAGCUGCACCAUUAUCUGGGGUGACUAGGACUCUUGUAUUAUCACCAGGAGGAUCAGCAUCAACUGGAACAAGUGUUGUAGGGUCAAGGACAAUGGGAUCAUCAGGUGGAGAUUUAUGGAGAACUGGACCAUCAACUGGGGAAACAGGAACCACUGGAUCAUCACCUGGAGAAACAGUGUCAGGUGGUACUUCUGCUGUAGGUUCAGGGACAACUGUACCAUCUCCUGGAGUCACAAGGACAGCAGGAGUUUCAGAGACCAUUCAAUCAUCUGUUAUAGGAUCUGAGACAACCACACCUGCAGUUGAAGGAUCAGGGACAACUGGAUCAACAGCUGGACUGACUAUAACCACUAGGACAUCUGUUGUAGGUUCAGGGACAACUGGACCAUCAUCUGAAGUGACAAGAACAACAAUAACAUCUGGUGUAGUUUCAGGGACAAUGGGACCACCAUCUGGAGAAAGAAGGAUCACUGUUAUAGGAUCAGGGUCAAGUGGAUCAUCAGCUGAAGGAUCAGAGACAACUGGAUCAACUGCUGGACUGACUAUAACCACUAGGACAUCUGUUGUAGGUUCACGGACAACUGGACCAUCAUCUGGAGUGACAGGGACAAAAAUAACAUCUGUUGUAGGUUCAGGGACAACUGGACCACCAUCUGGAGAAAGAAGGACCACUGUUAUUGAAUCAGGAGCAAGUGGAUCAUCAGCUGAAGCAUCACGGACAACUGGAUCAGCAGGUGGACUAACAAUAACCACUAGAACAUCUGGUAGGGGUUCAGGGGCAAGUGCACUAUCAUCUGGAAUGACAAGGACAACAAUAACAUCCGGUGUAGGUUUAGGGACAACUGGAUCAUCAUCUGGAGAAACAGGGACCACUGUUGUUGAAUCAGGAACAAGUGGACCCUUAGGUGAAGGAUCAGGGACAACUGCAUCACCAGAUGGAUUGACAAGAACCACUAAAAUCUCUGUUGUAAGUUUAGGGACUACUGGACCAUCAUCUGGAGUGAUGUGGACAACACGAACAUCUAUUGUAGGUUCAGGGACAACUGGAUCAUCAACUGGAGUAUUAGAGACACUUGAUACAUCAGCUGAAGGAUCGAAGACAACUAGACCAUCAAUUGGAAGAUCAUGGACAACUGGGACAUCAGUUGAAGGAUCUGGAACAACUGGAUCAUCAACUUUUACAACCACAGGGGCCAGGAGGACAACUUGGGGGCCAGGAAGUGAGGUUACCACAUAUGAAGGUACUUCAGGAGAAUUCUCUAAGACAGCCAUAUCUGGAAGUUCCCACACAGAGACCACAAGAUUAAUAGGAGGCAGCGACACACCUGGAACUGGACUCAGACCUGUAGAUAGCACUGCAGUACCAGGAGGUCAAGUAACUGGGAGUGUGACAGGCACCACUGGGGUAAUUCCUGGCACAACUGUUGCGCUUGGCAGUUCCAACACAGAGGCCACAACUUCUGUAGAAGAAAGUGGAACAGCAAGAGUUGGAAUAAUCAUGGGAGCCACCACUGGCACAUCUGAGAGGCCAAGCCCUGGAAGUGAAACAGGUACCACUAGUGUAGUCUCUGGCACAACAGUUGCAUCUGGAAACUCUAACACAGGGGCCACAACUUCUUUGGGAAGUGGUGAAACCACCCAGGGUAGAAUUAAAAUAGUUACCACGAGGGUGACUAUUGGCACAACUAUCACACCUGGGAAUAUACGGGAGGAAGGAAGAGUCACUAGCAUAAUUUCAGGGAGCCAAUCUACUAGAAGUAAAACGGGUACCACUGGGAAAGGCUCUGGGACAUCCUCACCUGGAGGUUUCAAAACAGGCAAUAACCCGGAAUCAGUAGGAGUCACCAGUAGCCAAGAAGGCACUGCUGUGAUAUCAAGCAAAAUUACUGGUGUCUCAGAAAGUUCCAGCCAAGGUACCUCCAAGGAAGCAUCUGAAACAACCACUGCUCUUGUAAUUUCUACCACAGUCACUGCUUCCACAGGAGUCAAGGAAACCUCUGGAACUGGAAUGCAAACAGGCUCCACCUCAGUGUCAAAUGGAAUCACAACAAGCCCCAAAGUGUCCUACCCAGAAACCACUGUAGUAGCAACAGGAGAUCAAGAAAAUGAAAAUAAAACAGGAUGUCCAGUAUCACUUCCACCGCCUCCAGUUUGUCAUGGUCCACUGGGAGAAAAGAAGUCUCCUGGAGACAUAUGGACUGCCAAUUGCCACAGAUGCACCUGUACCAACGCAAAGACCGUAGACUGUAAACCCAAGGAGUGUCCUUCUCCACCCACAUGCAAAACUGAAGAGAGGCUUGUAAAGUUCAAAGCUAAUGAUACCUGCUGUGAAAUCGGGUACUGUGAACCAAGAACAUGUUUAUUUAACAAUACCGACUAUGAGGUUGGUGCUUCAUUUGGUGACCCCAGCAACCCAUGUGUCUCCUACUUCUGCCACAGCACAGGUUUCGUUGCGGUGGUACAAGACUGCCCAAAGCAGACUUGGUGUGCAGAAGUAAGCAGAGUCUAUGAUUCAAAUAACUGUUGCUAUACAUGUAAAACUAAUUGCAGAUCUUCACCCGUGAAUGUGACUGUUAACUACAAUGGUUGCAAGAAAAAAUUUGAGAUGGCAAGAUGCAUAGGGGAAUGCAAAAAGACUCUCAGGUAUGAUUAUGAUAACUUUCAGUUGAAAAAUUCAUGCCUUUGCUGCCAAGAAGAAAACUAUGAGUUCAGAAAAAUUUUUCUUGACUGUCCUGAUGGCGGUAAAAUACCUUACAGAUACAGGCACAUCACGACGUGUUCCUGCUUAGACAUGUGCCAACAAUCUACGACCUCAACAGUCAGUUAA